CACCACGUGUUGAGAGCCUAAGAAACAUAUGGCCACAGUUUUACUUAGGUGGCUACGCCUAAAACAAAAUUAGAGAUGGCGAGUGGAGAAGAAGAUACAUUCUAUACUGUAGGCCUUCCAGCUUCUACAUCGGUUUUUACUGUACAAGAAGAGAAUACAGAUCUAACAAGUCGAUUAGAAGAAAACUGUGGGCUGCUGGAAUUUGCAGACUUGUCCGUAGAAGCUGUCCAGCGAAGACCCACGUGCUCCCGGUGCAGCCGUCCACAGAAGGUUUGCCUUUGUUCUUUCCUUCCUGUACAACCACUAAACAUAUCCACUUGCUUAUAUAUUGUUCAGCAUCCAGCUGAGGAAAGUAGGGUAUUAAGGACUGUACCACUACUAGCUGCUUGCCUUCCCCCUGACAAGUGUAAAGUCUUGAUUGGACGACGCUUUAAUGAAACCAGGUACCUGGAAUUGGCAGAGGUUUGCAGAAGUCCAAAUACCUUAAUUCUCUAUCCUGGAGCUGAAGCUGCUAAUCUUGAAGAAUUGACCCUGGACCCAUCUCUUGCUUCUUAUAACCUAAUUAUCAUAGACGGUACAUGGAGUCAAGCCAAAGACAUGUUUUAUAGAAAUGAUAUUUUUCGUCUUCCAAAGCAGGUCCAGAUAAGAAACAACUUAUCAAGCCAGUAUGUCAUUCGUACUCAACCGACCAAUGCAUGUCUUUCAACCUUAGAAUGUGCAGCUAUAGCGCUUACAGUUAUGGAAAAAAAUCCAGUAGUUCAAGAGACUAUACUCCGUCCUCUUAAGGCGUUGUGCUCAUUUCAGCUUGAACAUGGUGCCCAAAUUCACCACAGCAAGGAACAUCUCAUAAGAAAUGGACUUUAUGAAAAACCCAUGCCAAAGAAUAAACGCAAACUCAGGAGAAUGGAACUUUUAGUAAACAAUGUCAAAAUUUAAGAUUCUUUUAAGAAAAGUAAUUUUGCAUAUAAUAAAGCAAGGCACAGAACAUUUUUACUAAGCAUUGAAAAUAGUAUUUUGCAUUUUUUAAUGUACCUCAGGGUGGUGAAUUUUUUUAUUAGUUUUCUACUAUGCUAUUCAUAAUUGGUAACAGGAGAUUAUUUCAAAUAGUACUGCAUUGCUGUAAGUAUAAGAUUACAUUUUCUGACUUGUCAGUGUUGACUUGAAUUUAGCUCCUGUUGAAAAUAAUAGUUUAGUAACUUUAUACAUUAAAGCAACAAUGUUUAAUAUCUUCUUCUACUCUUGAUCUUAAUAAAAGAUGCAAUGCCACUGAAAGAUUGGUCAUUUAAAAUAUAUUCCUAUGUUUACAA